CAUGGCCAAUUACCACCAAGUCACCUCCCCCUCCCAUUUCCAGGAGCUCCUCUCUGCCGACCUUACCAGAGUAUCGCUCAUUAACUUCUGGGCAGACUUUGCAGAGCCAUGCAAGCAAAUGAAUGAGGUCGUCUUCGAGCUGUCGAAAAAGUACCCUGCUGUUCUUUUUCUCCAGGUCGAGGCUGAAUCUCAGCCAGAUAUUGCCGAAUCUUUUGACAUUGAUGCUGUUCCGUCUUUUGUUAUCUUGAGGGGUCAUACCCUGUUGGAUCGGAUAUCUGGAGCCAAUGCUCAAGCACUGACGACUGCCAUCGCCAAACACGCGGCUUCGCCAUCUAUCAAUCCCUUGUCCAAGACUGAUCUGGCCCCAGCCAAGGCCGCCGACAUCGUCAGUGAGAAGAAGGAAACGCCGGAGGAGCUAGAGAAGCGGAUGCGGGGCCUGAUGAAGCAGUCAAAGGUGGUACUUUUCAUGAAGGGCAGCCCAGAUGCUCCUCGCUGCGGAUUUUCGAGAAAGAUCACGGGGCUUCUGAAAGACCAGAACGUAGAAUUUACGCAUUUCGACAUCCUUUCAGACGAAGACGUCCGGCAAGGUCUGAAAAGGCUGAACGAUUGGCCAACGUUCCCCCAAUUGAUUAUCAAAGGGGAGUUCGUCGGCGGGUUAGAUAUUGUGCAGGAAAUGAUUGAUAACGGAGAGUUUGCCGAAGCCAUUGCUUAGAUCAGCUGUACGGCCUUGUAGUUUGUACUUUACAUUGUACAUCAGAUCCGGUGCAAGCAUACAUAUGGUAUGUCUAAUAAAUGAUUUUACAAACACUUUUGA